AUGACUCAAUUUACUGUAUCUUCUUUUAAAGAAGAGAAUAAUUUUAACGAAAAUCACACACUCCGCAUUCAAACCUAGAAAAGUCAAUUAUUAUCAAUUUGACUAUCCAGAAAUCUCUCUUUUCUUUCUUACAAUCCCAUUUCUUCCAUUUCUCUUGAAGUUUACACAAUUUUCUGUAUUGGAACACGUUUUUGUGUUUCUGAGUAGGAUUGAUUAUUGAAUUCAAGAAACCAGCAUGGACGGAGGCGGCGACGGUGGCAGAAACGGUCGUGGUUUCGGGGUACAGAUCAGGAACGGCCCUCGCAGGCUCCCGGAUUUCCUCCAGAGUGUCAACUUAAAGUAUGUUAAACUGGGCUAUCAUUAUUUGGUCUCUAAUUUGUUUACUUUUUGCUUAGUGCCCAUAAUGUUAAUUAUUAUUAUCGAGUCAUCCCAAAAGAACCCUGAUGAUAUCCGACAGUUGUGGCUUCAUUUGCAAUACAAUCUUGUUUCUGUUAUUAUAUGUUCUGCAUUUCUUGUAUUUGGAUCCACUCUGUAUAUUAUGACUCGGCCUAGACCUGUUUAUUUGGUUGAUUAUUCUUGUUAUCGGCCUCCUGAUAAUCUGCAAGCACCAUUUCAUCUGUUCAUGGAGCAUUCCCAGCUCACCGGGGAUUUUGACGAUUCGGCACUUGAAUUUCAAAGGAGAAUUCUUGAGCGUUCGGGUCUUGGAGACGAGACUUAUGUCCCUGAGGCCAUGCAUUCCAUUCCUCCCCGGCCAUCAAUGCAGGCUGCUAGGGAGGAGGCUCAGCAGGUCAUGUUCGGGGCGUUGGAUAAUUUGUUUGCAAAUACCAAUAUUAAGCCGAAGGAUAUAGGAAUUCUUGUGGUGAAUUGUAGUUUAUUUAAUCCAACGCCAUCACUUUCGGCCAUGAUCGUGAAUAAGUACAAGUUGAGAGGGAACAUUUUGAGUUUUAAUUUGGGAGGGAUGGGCUGUAGUGCAGGAGUGAUUGCUGUUGAUUUGGCCAAGGACUUGUUGCAGGUGCAUAGGAAUACUUAUGCAGUUGUGGUAAGUACUGAGAAUAUUACACAGAACUGGUAUUUUGGGAACAAGAAGUCAAUGUUGAUACCCAAUUGUUUGUUUAGAGUUGGAGGCUCGGCAGUUUUGUUGUCUAAUAAGUCAUCGGAUAGAAGGAGGGCGAAAUACAAGCUUGUUCAUGUGGUGAGGACACAUAAAGGUGCGGAUGAUACAGCAUUCCGAUGUGUGUAUCAGGAGCAGGAUAAUGCCGGGAAUACAGGGGUUUCUUUGUCAAGAGAUCUAAUGGCUAUUGCUGGUGGAGCUCUGAAGAUUAAUAUCACUACGCUAGGUCCUCUUGUGCUACCGUUAAGUGAGCAGCUUUUGUUCUUUUCCACAUUGGUACUCAGAACGUUGUUUAAUAGGAAAAUAAGGCCUUACAUUCCCAAUUUUAAGUUGGCAUUUGAUCAUUUCUGUAUACAUGCCGGAGGAAGGGCUGUGAUUGAUGAGCUGGAGACGAAUCUGCAGCUGCUACCAGGUCACGUGGAGGCUUCAAGGAUGACUCUCCAUCGAUUUGGGAACACUUCAUCGAGCUCCAUUUGGUACGAAUUGGCUUACAUUGAGGCAAAGGGAAGGAUGCGGAGGGGUCACCGUGUCUGGCAGAUUGCUUUCGGGAGUGGGUUCAAAUGUAAUAGUGCAGUGUGGGAGGCACUUCAGAAUGUAAAACCAUCUCGAAAUGGUCCCUGGGAGGAUUGUAUUCACAGGUAUCCUGUGAAUCUCAUCUCAUAGAAGGAUCUGAUUAUCAUUUGGGAUAGAAUAUAUGUAAUCAAGUCUCCUAUUGUUCUUAGUUUAUGCAGUACUUUAUGGUCAUUAAUCUCAGUUAUAGGGCAGUUGAAUAAUGAAUUCCAUAGUCUGUCAUGUCUUGCUAUGUUAUCGUCAUUAAUCUCAGUUAUAGGGCAGUUGAAUAAUGAAUUCCAUAGUCUGUCAUGUCUUGCUAUGUUAUCGUCAUUAAUCUCAGUUAUAGGGCAGUUGAAUAAUGAAUUCCAUAGUCUGUCAUGUCUUGCUAUGUUAUCGUCAUUAAUCUCAGUUAUAGGGCAGUUGAAUAAUGAAUUCCAUAGUCUGUCAUGUCUUGCUAUGUUAUCGUCAUUAAUCUCAGUUAUAGGGCAGUUGAAUAAUGAAUUCCAUAGUCUGUCAUGUCUUGCUAUGUUAUCGUCAUUAAUCUCAGUUAUAGGGCAGUUGUAGUUCUAAUUCGA